AUGGCUCACAGGGCUUUUAUACAAGUUAUAAUCACGGGAACUCAAGUUUUUGGUAAAGCAUUUGCUGAGGCGUAUAGACAAGCGGCUUCACAAUCAGUGAAACAAGGUGCUACUAAUGCCACAAGAAGGGGAACAGGGAAAGGUGAAUAUGGAGGCAUUACGUUAGAUGAAAGUUGUAAAAUCUUAAAUGUUGAAGAAGGCAAGGGCGAUUUAAACAUGGACAAAGUUAAUGACAGAUUUAAGUAUUUAUUUGAAGUCAAUGAUAAAGAAAAAGGUGGGAGUUUCUAUUUACAGAGCAAGGUGUAUCGAGCAGCAGAAAGAUUGAAAUGGGAAUUGGCUCAAAGGGAUAAACAGGCUGGCGCAAAAGCAGGAGGGGACACUUCAACGGCGAAACCUUCUUCGAAUUCAACAAGUUCACCAGGUGGACAUAAAGAUGCAAGUCCCAAUGAAUAG